UAAAUUAUAGCUAUUUAUUUUAUUUACGAUAAGUACUUACACCCAAACCACCGCGUCUAUGUCCUUAAAGUACGAAAAAUGUUUAUUCGCUAUGGAAUUUUAGUUUUUCUUCUGGUUUUCCACCGGUCAUCCAGCCUGGAACCGCUGUGCUCAAGUGGAAAAUUCAGAGACAAAUGUUUGUGCAAGAAAAUCAUCAAUGAAGACACCAAGCUACCCAGUGCAAUGGCCGAAUGCACAGCUCUAUCCCUCAAGAUGUUCCCCAGCUCAGAACAGUUCCCCAGCAACCUAACUCUGAGCAUCCUGGAUCUGAGUUUGAACGAAAUAGACACUUUGGAUCCUUCAAUUGUUGAUGCACCGACAACAUUAAGACGCCUAGUGUUAUCUUACAACAAAAUCAACUACAUCAACACGAAUUUUUUCGUUAAAAUGACUGACUUAAGAUACCUGGAUCUCAGUCAUAACAACAUAAAAUCUCUGGAUAAUAGCAAUGUUUUUUCGUCUAACGCAAACUUGGUGCAUCUGGAAUUGAGUUUUAAUCAGUUAAUAGAGCUACCUCAAGGGAUUUUUCAAUCUCUUCCCUUGAAAUACCUGGAUAUAGGGUACAAUAAUUUCGGAAACUUUAUGACAAAUGGUUCAAAGGACAUUCUGGAUAGUUAUUUGGGAGUUAAUACAUAUUUAACGCAUUUAAAAUUGAAUAAUCUGUCUUUGAAAGAGCUCCAUCCAGAUUAUUUUACACAAUACACUACUUUAACACAUCUGGAGAUCAUGGACAAUGGUUUUGAAGUAAUUCCUUCGGUACCAUACUCAGUAGAAUACCUGGAUGUAUCUGGAAAUAAUCUAACAUAUUUAUCAGCGCGUCAUUUGAACUACCACUCUCUUAAAGUGCUGAGAGCUAGCAGAAUGCCAAGCCUCGCAUCCAUUCAUCACUAUGCUUUCUACAACUUACAAGCUCUGGAAAAGCUUGUUAUAACUGACUGUCCAAAUUUAAAGGAGUUUACUGAGUUGGCUUUUGGACUGGCAUCAAAAACCAAAGAUAUUCACCCCAAAAGUUUGAUUCUAGCUAGAAAUGGACUGACAACUCUCAAUUCGACUUACAGGUUUAUGUUUCGGCAUAUGGAACACGUGAAUUUGCUGUACAAUCCUUGGUACUGUGAUUGUGAGAUCCUGUGGUUGCAGGAAUUUGAUAAUGAGUUGUUCGACGGUAAACAAAUCAGGUGUGCUUCACCGCAAGAUUUGAGAAGCAGGAAGAUUCUGGAGCUAAAAGACGAAGAUUUGGUUCACUGUCAUCCAGAAAUCUAUGGAAAACAUUCACAUAAAGUCCUGAUAGUGGGAUUGAUGGGCGUGAUUAUAGUUUUGGCAGCGUUUAUACUGUUUCUUAUUAGAUAUCCGGGAUGGUUAAACCCCAGAAGAAUCGGAGUAGGCCCUGAGUCACCCUACAGUCCCGCUCCCCAGGAAGAUAAUCAUAUUUAAAAAUUAUUUAAUUUUUUUGAAAAUAUAAUUUUUUUGUACUCGUGUAUAUGCCGGAUAGCCUAAAAAUACAGGGCACAGACUACAGACAAUUUAAUCUUUACUGUAUCGAUUAUAAUUAUUAUUUUUAAUAUGCUAAACGCUCUAAAAUUUGGUACAUCCUGUAUAAAAUAUAGCUCGUAAUUUUAUUACUUUUAUAAUACUACAUAUUUAAUUAAGAUUAGUUAUUAAAUAAUUUUUAUUUAUUAAAUGUUAUGGAAUGG